AUGCGGGCGAUGGCUACCAAUAGAUGUCCUUUGACUCGACGUGUAUUCUCACAAGAUAAACUCUACACACUUUCUUUAUUUUCUCCAUCACAGAUAAAGGAAGAUAAACUAAGAAACACAUUUUCAAGUAAAGGUGAUGUGACAGACAUACAGCUUAAGUUCACUAAAGGUGGCGUCUUCCGAAAGUUUGCUUUCAUCGGAUUCAAGACUGAAGUAGAAGCUCAGAAUGCUGUAGACUUCUUUAAUAAGUCUUUCCUUGAUUCAUCAAGAAUUCAGGUUGAACUUGCAAAAAAUCUAGGAGAUGCCAACCUUGCUCGUCCUUGGAGCAAAUAUUCAGAGAAGAGCUCGGCAUAUCAGAAGAAGCAGAAAGCCAAGGAGGAACAAGAAAGCAAAGAUGGCAAGAAAACCUCGGAUACAAAUGAUAUUUUGAGCAACAAACGGAAAAAGAAGAAGGGGUUAGAAGGCCUAGAUGAUUUGGAAGAUGAUCCCAAAUUUCAAGAGUUUUUAGAAGCUCACAAUGUACAGACAGAUAAAGGGAUCUGGGAUAACGAUGCAGGAAUCUCUAAGAAAGAUAAGACAGAAGGUGGAUUGGAUGUGAUCCCAUCAAAAAAUAAGCUAGUCACAGCUUCUGGCAAGAAGACUGUGAACGAGGAGGAAGUUAGUGAUGAUGCUGAUAAUGAGGACGAUGAUGAGGGAGAGGAGAUGGAAGAUGAUGUCGAGGAUGAUCAGACUGGAAAAGAAGCAAAUAAGAAAAAUCUCUCAGAUAUGGAUUACCUAAAAUCAAAGAUGGUAAAAAUUCAGACAGAAGAUGAAGGAAUUCAAGAUGGAAGCAGUGAAGACGAGUCAUCGUCAUCAGAUGAGGAAAGUGACGAAGAAGAAGAGGAAGAAAAGCAGGAUAAGAAGCAAGUAAAAACAGAGAUAAAAGAAGUUCCUAAAGCCAAGACAUCACCUGUUAAUGAAAGAGUCAGGAAGAAUAAGGUGAAACUGAUGAGAAGUGUCAGAAAAGAUGAAAAAUAUGAGAGAGGAGACUUCACUAUUAAAGUACGAGGGGUGCCUUUCAAUGUUAAAGAGGAAGAUGUGGUGAAAUUCUUUGCUCCGCUGAAGAUAACGGCCAUUCGAGCACCUCUGAAUGAGAGAGGACAAAGGACUGGUGUAAUAUUUGUUGAGUUUUCGUGUGAAGAAGACAUCACAAAAGCUAUGAAAAGAAAUAGAGAAUAUAUGGGAAGGAGAUAUGUUGAGUUAUUUCGUGAAGAAGCUUGGAAUAAGAAUGCAUAUACUAAACAUCAAGAAGAUCCUCCAUGGGCUAAACAGGCUGCUGAGUUGGAAAAUUCAGAAGAUACUAUUGCUGAGACUGGGCGUCUUUUUGUCAGAAAUCUUGCCUACAUCUGUAAAGAGGAAGACUUAGAACUUUUGUUUAGUCAAUAUGGUAAGACAGUUAGGGAGCUUGUCAAAAGUCCAUGCACCGUUCUAUAGCGUCUUUACUGCAUCCGGGUUUUCGCUUCGGCUUUCCUGCCCAACGUUCCCUUCUCUUCAAAGGAACGGCCGCCAUCAAAGGGCCAUUGAUGCCACCGUUCUUUUGUUCGUCUUUCCUGCAAGUCUUAAUUUCUGUCGAAAUACCGAAGAAUCUAUUCUAAAUAGCUCCCUCUACGACAAAAACAAAUGCGUGCCUUCAUAUUGACUGUCGGAUCGGAGAGUUCGGGUCACUGUUCUGAACUGUGAUUCGCAUCUAUCAUGUCUGUAAUGGAAGUUCGGGUGCAUUAAGCCACGGUAGCUUAAUAAAAAAUCACGCACGUUUCAUAAAUCGUUACGGAUCUUUCGAAUUUGUUGCAAUAACCAUGAAAACCUCUCUUUUUUUGCAAUUGGAAGAGAGUCAAUUCAUUAUGUUUUAGGUGGGAAAAUAAGAUUCCGCGUAUUUUCGUUUCGUAGGCCCAAGCCAUUCGUAGAAUUCACGUCAAUUUGUAAUGUUCAUUAUAACUCGCAUCUGAAACAAAUGUCGGGAGCCCCCCCCCCCCAAAAAAAAAAAAAAAGACAGAAGGAAAUAGAAUGAUAAAAUAAAUAUGACCGGAACAGCUUGACACUAUUACGAUUUAUUAGAAACUGUUUUUAAUAGUUUGUUCAAUUUUUGGUCGGGCAACCAUUUCCCCGGGAUAAUUUCUUUAUCUCCUUGUUUUAAAGAAGCGGGACCAAAAGGGAAGGUGAAAAGAGGAAGAAGAAAACUAAUAAAUCAUAGGGAAAGAAAAGGAAGGGGAAACAGAGAGAAAUAGGAAAAUAAUAUUGGGAUGGAAGAAGAGGAAGGGUGAACAAAAAUAGGGAGGAAAACGGUUGAAAGAGAGAGAAAAAGGAAAUUUGAGAGGGGAAGAAAUUUACGAUCGUGAAUCAACGGGAGAGGGGGGACAAAAUAAUAUGGAAAUGGAUAGAGACAGAAAAUAAGGGGAAAGAAGUAAAGAGGGCUGGUGGACGAUGGGGGAGAAAUGAAGGGGGGAAGGGAAAGAGUGAAAGGGCAUGCAACAGAGGGGAAUUAGACAUGAAGUGGCCAUGCUGAAACGGUUCUUUAUUCUUUGUUCAUUCAGGUAACAAGGAGUUAAAUUGGCCGCAACUUUAAUCUGAUUGCGAACCCCUUCUAGUAAUAUUUCAUGAAAAGAUAUACAGAGCAAAUUAAUGAAUAAAAAAGGAAAAUGAGUGAAAAGAAAUUGAGACAAGAAAACAAAUUAUAACUACUAAGAUUU